CACGAUCAAACACCACGUUCUUGUGAGUGUUUGUCAACAUGACAACUUGUAAAAAAGUGUGACUUUCGUGCAGAAACUGUGUGAAACUCGAUAAAAUAAGUGAAAUAGCGGUUAACAAUGGGAAUUCCUGGAUUAACGACGUAUAUCGCUCAACGAUCAGAUGUACAUUUGCAACCUUUUGAGCUUCACGACACAUAUCUCGUAAUCGACGGCAAUGCUCUAGCUUCGCAAUUGUACAUUAAAUAUGCAAAGUGCAAUUGUGCCUUCGGAGGGGAUUACGAUAAAUAUGCCCGAAGCAUUGAGGAAUUUUUUGACAGUCUUUCAAAAUGUAACAUAACCCCUUUAGUUUUGAUAGACGGAGGAUGUGAGGAGAAAAAAAUUCAAACUGUUCGUAAACGAAUUAGGGACAAGGUAUCAUCUGCCUACGGCUACAAUCCAUCAACCCAGCGUCGCAACAAGUUCUUCCCUCUUCUCCUAAAAGAAGUCCUGAAGGAAGUAAUGACAAAAAAGGGUGUCCGAUACAUCCAAACUCUCUUUGAAGCAGACGACGACAUAGCAGCCACUGCUCGAAUUCUCAACUGUCCAGUUCUCAGUUACGACUCUGAUUUCUAUAUCUACGACGUGACCUACAUCCCCUUCAACACCCUUGAUCCUUUCCUCGUUAAGAACCGAAGAGGCCAAGGUUACUUGAAGCAGUGCCGCGUCUACAAAGUUGAAACUCUCCUCAACCAAUUCAAAGGCCUCGAUCGAUCUGUCCUCCCUCUAGCCGCAACUUUGCUCGGAAAUGACUACGUAAAACGCAGCACCUUCAAGGACUUCUUCUGCCACCUAAGACUCUCGAAAACCACCAAGAGAAAAUACAACGAGCAACAGCGCCGCAUUGAAGCAACUUUCAACUGGCUGAGCAAACACUCUCUGAAUGCCGCGAUUGUCCAAAUUCUCGCGCGACUUCCUCAAGAUUCUCGCAAGAAGGUUCUGGAAGUGAUCGAGAUGAUCGUCAACGUCUACACAACUGUCGAUCCCAAGAUUCUCCUUCCCCUCGGUUUCCCGGAGCAAUUCAUCGCCGAAAUGAUCAGCAAGUUCAAAACCGAGCCUUUCAAAUUCCAGGAGGAUGUCAACAACCUCCGACCUGUCGAGGAACCUCCAGAAGACGACGAGUCGGAAAUGAGUGACGUGGAGGAGGAAGAGGAGGAGAAGGAUGAGAGCGAUCAGGAGUUCCGGUACAACCCCAACAUCCAGAAGGUCGCACCGCCCUGGUUCAUCCAAGAGUUCAACAUGGGCAGAUACGCCUCUUAUUUCAUCGACAUCCUCACCCGGAGGUUUUAUGUCUGUCCGCCACAGAUUGAAGAUUACUCGCAUCCAGCAGCGAUCACAAUCAGCCUGAAAAUCGUGGGCGUCAUCUACGGACUGUUGACCAAGGGACUGGAAGGUCCAAAGAUUCUUGAGUAUCUCUGCCGAGGGAAACACAAAAACAUGAUGGUGGGCCAGAUCGAGGCCCAGGAUCAGAUGUUCGGCUGUGAUUUGCCAACUCUUUUCACCCUCCGCGAUCUGCCGCCGAUCAUUCGCAAGAGAAUGUUGGAGGAGACUCUCGGGAUUCCCGAGUUUGCUCUCGAAACGUUUCCUAAUGAAUGGAAGCUUUAUGCAGCGACUGCGACUUAUUGGAUGGCUCAGCAGCAAGAACCUUCGGGAACAAACUGCCACUUGUAUUCCCUGCUUUUCACGAUGCUCUUCAGCCUCCUGGAUCAGAGGAUUGGAUACCAGAGAUCUGAGCAGUACUUUCAUCAGAGGUACGGAGCCGAGCUCAACGCUAUUUUGUUGAACAGGAGGGGUUUGCUGUUUACACAAAUUCCUCAGGACUUGACUGUUUAUCAGGCUUACUGCGAAGUCACCGUAGAAGAUUGUCUCCUCGCGGCGCCCUUUUUCCUGAGCAAUUUUGAGAUUGACAAGAAUUUGUUCACAAAUCCGAAGAAGUUCAAUGUCUCGAUUGUGCAUGCUUUCGCGCAGUUUCAAGUUUGCAUGAGACACAGCUUGCAUCUGAAUGCUCUGCUUGGGUUUCCGUAUCAACAGACGAGGGUUGCGGAGUUGUAUAAUGGGACCUUGUUGUACAACUUGUAUAACAAUUUUAAGGGAAGAAAUGAUAUUGAUGCUUAUGUCUUUCAUCUGCUGCAGCAUUCGCCGACACUGCUGAGACUUUUUAACAUUUUGUUGGCUCAUGUGAAGGGACUUUUGGCGCAGAAUGUUCUGGAUAAUAGGGUGAAUAGUGGAAGGAGGAGGAAAAGGAGAAAUAGGGGCAAGAAGGAGGAGGAGGAAGUUCUGGAGGAUUUGGAACCAAAGGAGGUUUUUUCCUCUUUUCACGAUGCUAAUAAUCGAUUUUCAAUGCUCGGGCGAUAUCAGUUUUAAUUUCUCAUCAAGUGAUACUCUUCUCGUCAUUGUAUAUAUGUACUUUCAUCUGAUUAUGAUUUUAUCAAUUCGGGAUUUGAGAUUCUGUGUAUAUAAUUUUCAGAUUGAUGCAGAGUUAAUAAACUCUUUUGUUAGCUUGCGA